AUGUCAGAUUCAAACGAAGGUUCAUCAAUCGAUGACACGAAUGCAUCUGAUGAUACGUUAGAAAGAUUACGAAAUAUAACAAAAUUAUUUAGUGGAAAAGCUAACGGAGAAGAUGAAAAUCAACAAUUACACAAAGUAGAAAAGUUUGCACCAAGUCAAAAAUUAAAAAAUACAUUUCAAAAAUUUGAAGAAAUAGGAUUAGCCAAUGGUCAAGUUGAAGAAGAAGAUAAAGAAGAUAAUGAAGAUGAAAGUCAACCGUCGAAUGGUAUUAUUCGAUCGCCAAGAAAAAGAACAACACCAAAAGAACAUAUACCUUAUCAUGAAAUGGCUGAAGUCAAAGAUAAAUUUGAAAAAGGCUUAGUUGAUGCCAAUAAACCACGUGUCGAAAAACGUUUAGAUAUUCGUGUACAAAGUGGUUUAACAUCAUCCAAAAAACAAGCUUUCGAACAGGGCGAAUUCGAACAAGAAACUGAAUCAAAUAAAAUUAAAAUACCCAUAGAAACAGAUAUUAUUGCUGGUGUAACAUCAUUGACAAAACAAGUGUUCGAGCAGCAACAACAACAACAGAUUAAUAAUGAAACAAAUCUAAAUAAAACGAUUAUUAUUGAACGCGAUGCAUUAAAUGGUGUCGCAACAGAAACAAAAGCAAAAUUUGAAAAUGGUCAAAUAUCUGAUAGUCCAAAAUCAUUAAAAUAUUCAGAUGAAAUAGCCAAUAUUACUGGAACCGGCUUUGCACAAGCUAAACUUUCGGAAUUUUUAUCGAAAGUUGAUUCCGAACAGCAAAAUCAACGUUCACCGGGUCGACAAAUUGAUAUGGAUACUGAACAAGGUUUAGCAAUAGCUCGGUGUCAACAAUUUGCAUUGCUAAUGAAUAGUGAAUUUAAAUCAGCAGAAAAAAAUAUUGAUGUAACAGCUGGAUUGGCAAGCAUCAUUAAAGAACAGUACAUAGCUGAUGCUAGUAAACCGACAACCACAAAAUCAGCAUCAGCAAUGCUAACUGAUGAUAUUGAAAGUGGUUUAGCAAAAAAUCGAGCCAUAGUAUUUCAAAAACAAGAUGAAACUACAGUUAAACGAACAGUAGAUUUUGGAACUGAACUUCUUGAACGUGGCGUGGCAAAAGAACGUGCAGCCAUGUUUAAAAAUUUGGAAAACGGUGCAUCAUCAGCAGCAAGAGGAAGUACUGCUGGUGAUGUGAAAUUACGUGUUGAUGAAAAUGGGGUCGUCGUACGUGAAGGUGAUAAGGGCGAAGAAAUUUAUUUUGAGAAAGGUCAAACAAGACAAUUAGUGGAACAAUGGAAAACAAAACAAAGUUCACCUGACCGAGAUACGUCAGAAACACAAAGUAAACAUGAGACUGAAAAUGUUCAGCAAGGUAAAGCAAAAAAUCUUGUUCAAAUGUGGAAAACAAUUGAUAAAGAAAAUACACCACCACCUGAACGACGUGGACUACGUCCUUUUACACCACCACCGCCAGAUUCUGAACGACGUAUUCCACCUUCUGAUGAUAAUGAAAUUAAUUCUCAAAAUUCAAACUAUGCAGAUGAUAAAACAAAUAUUGAAUCAGGUUAUGCAAAAGCUGUUCGCGAAAGAUUCUUACAAAAUGCUGAGCAAAAUAAUACAAUACAAAAACGAAAAGCUCUUAAACAAUUUACACCACCACCCGAAUCAUCGGAUGGUACUCGGCGAAAAUCAAUAACUCCUCCACAUGAUGGCAUCAGUCUAAACGAACAAUAUUCAACUAAUGAAGAAGUUGUAUCAAUUAAAGGACAAGCGAAAUCAUUAAAAAAUCGUUUUAUUGCAUUGGAACAAGAUGCACUUAAAGUUGAAACAGCUUCGUCAAAAAUAAAAUAUGUACCAAAACGUUUUGUGAGUACACCUGCACCUAAACAGUUUAACGGCGACUCAAAUGUUGAUCCGACAAAAUGUUUUGGAUGUAAUAAAACAGUUUAUGCUAUGGAAAAAAUUGAAGCUGAUAAAAAAGUGUAUCACAAAUCAUGCUUUAAAUGUAUGCAUUGUAAAUCUAUACUAAAACUUGGUAAUUAUACAGCAAACGAUGGACAGAUUUAUUGUAAACCUCAUUUUCUCCAAUUAUUUACUAUGAAAGGAAAUUAUUCAUUGGGGCUUGGCUUUAAUGAUCAAAAGACACGAUGGCUGCAAUUCAAUUCUCCUACUGGCGUAUCAAUUUCGGAAGCAUCAACAUCUUUCCAUCAAAGUUGA